UCGAUAGUUCAGAAGCCAGCACAGACAAACGCACGAAAAUUCUCGACAAGAUGGUGAAACUGAUGCUAGUCGCUGCUCUGCUGCUCUUGGCUGCCGCCAGCUGCAGCGCCCGUCCACAGAACGACGUCGAAGUUGUGGAAUACGAAUCGGAUAACAUUGGCAUUGGCGGCUACAAGUUCAGCUACAAACUGAGCGAUGGCACCACCCGCACCGAGGAGGCCGUCAUUAAUAAUGCGGGCACCGAAAACGAGUCCCUAUCGGUGCGCGGCUCCGUCAGCUGGGUGGCUCCCGACGGACAGACCUAUACGAUUAAUUUUGUGGCCGACGAGAACGGAUUCCAGCCGGAGGGCGCGCAUCUGCCCAAGUAAACUGCAUGGAUAACUCACAUGGAUAAUGAGAGAGAUAGAGAGAGAGUGAGAGAGAGAGAGAGAGAGAGAGUGAGGGAGGAAGUUCGAGUUCAUGUUGUUUGUGCUGUGCAACAGUCAAUCAUUCAUUCAACCAAUCAAUCAUUCAAUCAGCCAGUCAGUCAGUCAGUCAGUCAGUCAGUGAAGUUUGUGUCGUGCAUUGUAACAGUUAAUCGCAUUAAAAAUGAAUUUCGCUACGAUA